CUGGAAUCAACGUAGUAAAUACAGCCACCACUACAGAGAUCUCUUUUCUACUUUCACUUUUAUUAUAAUAUGCUUUGAUUUGCGGACGAUACUUUUCUUAGACAGAAGUCGGACUCGUUUUGCUCAGAUUUUUGGAGCACAAUUAACUAUUUCUUUGUAUUCGAACUCGAUACUUAUUCCGCCCAUCACCAUUCGACUAUAUUAUGAAAAGUGGAGUAAACAAAGCCAAGAUGGACAGAAAGGAAAAGCGAUUUGGUAAGCCUAUUUCUUUUUGUAGUAGUAGUAGACCCUCUUUGUUUGUUUUUUCUUAUAACGUAAGUCCAUUUCUAAGGUUGAAGCACUUUUGUAUAUAUAGUAAUAAGUCGAUCUCAAAUAAAAAAAAAUUAAAAAAGGGUAAUACUACUAACACAAGAAUGAAGACUUAAGUUAAUUAUAAUUAAGUUUAAGUCACUUUUUAAGAGGAAGAAUGUGAAACAAGUAGGUAGAGCCCAAGAAACGUAAUUUUUGUUUUUCGCUCAAUCUCAGUAUCUGAGAUCUGGCUAUCAUUAUCGUCGACGAUCGAUUUAAAUUUUAAGUAGUCUUAGUAGUUUUUUUUUUUUAAUUCUUUAAAGAAAUGGCCUAAUUGGAACUUAAAUUAGCUAUGUUUGGCCAGGGCUGUCAUUAAAUGGUAAAAAUGUUUUGCCAUCAGUUUAUUAAUAAAUAUCACUCCCCAUAUGACAUGAACCAAUACAUGCUCCUCCAAGGGGGAUCUCUAUCUUCACUUAAUUAAAUACUAUACAACAGGGGUCUCAAACUCGCGGCCCAUGAGACGAUAUUUUGUUGCUCGCUUCAUGACAGCAAAGUUUAAUGCCCACACGUUUCCCCCAUUCUCAUAUUGAAUUAUGUAAUGUGACCUUCCGCGACUGUUUCAGUCGAAUCUCACCUACUAGUCUAAUUCUGAUUUUUAUUAUGUUUGUAUAGAUUUGGACGUUGAUUAUGAUGGUAAAACCUUUUUAAAAUCGGACUAAAGGGUUUUACUUUAUAGCAUUUUAUGAGACAAACAUGAUCAAAGUGCGCUUUUGUAAAAAGUUUAAAAAGUCAGUUAGUGGGUAGACUACCUUUCCACUAUUAACUUUAACAAGUCAAAGUUAAGGGCCAAACUUAUUGAUGAGCAUCUUCAAGCUAUACUAAAGGUCUCAGUUGCUUCGUCACUAGAGCCACAUGUUGCUCAGCUGUGUAAGAAGCGCUGCCAGGUCUCGGGCAAAAAGGAGUAGGAAGAUGAAAACUGCCUAGUUCUUGAGAACCCUUAAUGUUUUUAUUUGUUAUUAAUAAAGGUUGAGUGGAUUGUAACAGUUGUACUUUAUUGAAUUUGUAAUUGAUUUUUUGUGGAAUACUUGAUGCAGCCCAAUACAAGAUGGCUUUGCUGUUUGCUUAUCAUUUCUUAUACCAUAACUGAUUUGUUUUGUUGUGUUUCAGAAACUGAAGAACAGCAAAGGACACGCUUUCAAAUAGAGCUUGAGUUUAUACAGUGUUUAGCCAAUCCUAAUUAUUUGAAUUGUAAGUUUUUCAGUAACAUGAGAGCAUUUUUUUUAAAAAUGCUAUGCUAUAUUAAAUUACACACUAAAGCAUUUCCCUUGAACUUGAAUUAUAUAAUUAGUCAAAAUAUAACUAUGUCAUCCAUUUUAAGAAAAGAUGUUUUUGAAAUAUAUUUUAGGAGAAAUACGAAUGAGAGGCUUUCACCUGCUAAUGCUGGUUUGACAGGGAGAUUUUUUUAAUGGGGGAGCAAUUUGUGUUAUAAAAUGGAAAGGAAAAGUUUGCAGAGACUGAUUAGCAGUAUUGCGAUGAAACCAUAAGUAAUUUUUCAAUACAUGGGAAUAGAUAUUCUAUUCAAAGUUUGACAGUUCUGAAAAAUAUUCUGAAGGCUUCACUUUCUCAUUUUGCAAUACCAAGUAGAGUCCUUAAUUAUGUUCUAUGUUAAAAUAUGUGUAUUUUGAUGCUAGAUUCAUUUACACAUGAUACUUUGCCCUUUUCCUAUCUGGCAUCAAAAUUGCUCAGCCCAACAAAUCAUGCCUUUUAGUCUAUGCUAUUGUGUUGACAGAAGUAUAUUGGUCCAGGAAUUACAACUAUAAUUAGACAUUCUUGUGCCAAAUUAUAUUUACAGACUCAAGGUUUCCACUUAGGUAAUUUUUUUUUAAACAGAUUUUUAAUUUCUGUUUAACUUCUUUUAUUUCAGUUCUUGCACAACGAGGUAUUUUUAAGGAUCAAAACUUCAUAAAUUAUCUUAAAUACCUGCAGUACUGGAAAGAGCCUAAAUAUGCCAAAUUUCUCAAGUAAGUUGCGUUUGGAAAAUAUUGUUACUGCUCUUUGCUGCAAGGAAAAUUUAAGCCAUGGUUACUUUUUGGACUAGCAUUUCACAAUUUAAUUUCUUGUAAACAGAUACCCACAGUGCCUUCACAUGAUAGAGUUACUUCAAUAUGAACAUUUCCGUAAAGAACUAGUCAAUGCCCAAUGUGCCAAGUUUAUUGAUGACCAGCAGCUACUUCACUGGCAGCAUUAUCAAAGAAAGCGGAGCUCCAUGAUGCAGGUAGUCCCAUAAUCAAAGACUUUGUUGAAGCACACCAGUGCCAGGUGUAAAAAAUACUUUGUCCCAGAAAGAAUACAUUCAAUUAAACCCAUAUUUUUUUUUAUUCCUCAAAUUAUAUGCCCUCGGUUUACCGUUUUCAUAUUUAAAAUCGAUUCAUGAAAACUUUAUUACCACCAGGAACAAGCUGAGAGAACACAGGCAGCCAAAGAAACUACCAGAGAUACAAAACAGAUUACAUCCCAGUCUGGAACAUAGCAAAUUAUAGCCUUCUGUGAUUGUAGAGUCAUGGACGACAAGAAAAUAAUUGAAUAAAUUCAAAUUUAUAUAUGGAUGCAGAUAGUUUUUGUUGUGUACAGUACAUGGUUGCAUUUAUUCACAUCUGUUUCUUCUACUCUAG